AUGAGUUGGGAUCCACAUAUGGAGAUUCAAUACAUCAACAGUAACUACCCUUAUAAUAGUGCUGGCAGCUUUAUGGAGUAUUUUGAAGGUCUUACUUAUCAACAUGUCAAUUUAUUUUUCGACGGUGCUAUCCAUAUCCAGGAGAGUGUUUACCCAUCUAUGACUUCAAGAUUCUACAAGUUUGGCCUAUCUGAUUCUGGCAGUAUUUCAUAUUAUGAUCGUGAUAUUGAUCAGAGUUACGAGGUGAAUAACCGUGAGCUAUGCAUGGAUGAAAUUAGAAGGGCAUCAGAGAAUUCCUCGUCAAUGAGUUAUCAACGCACUGCUGCAAUGAAUGGGGAAUGGGAAAGAAACACAAAUGCAAACCCACUUGAAAACGCAGUAGAUUUUCCACAGAGACAACAUAAUGCUAAUGAUUACCAGGUCAUUUGGCAAGAUUAUGUUGAUCCCGACAACAUGACAUAUGAUGUUAGAUAA